AUGGAGGAAAAUGAAGAAUCACUCUAUCCCAUUGCCAUUCUCAUUGAUGAAUUAAAGAAUGAAGAUGUUCAACUCAGACUCAACUCCAUUAAACGAUUGGGUACCAUUGCCAAUGCAUUGGGACAAGAUCGUACCCGAUAUGAAUUGAUACCUUUUCUCAAUGAAUCAUGUAUUGAUGAUGAAGAUGAAGUAUUACUUGCUCUCGCUGAAGAAUUGGGUAAUUUUGUUCAAUAUGUGGGUGGUGCUGAACAUGCGCAUUGUCUCAUUCUACCAUUAGAGACUUUGUGUAAUGUUGAAGAAUCGAGUGUGAGAGAUCGAGCUGUAAAAUCUCUGUGCAAGAUUGCCAAUGAAAUGAAAGCGGUUCAACACACGGAACAAUACAUUUUACCAUUGGUGAGAAAGUUAUCGAGUGGUGAAUGGUUCACUUCGAGAUCUUCUUCAUGUGGUCUCUUUGCUGUAUUGUAUCCAGUCGUGAGUAAGGAUGUGAAGGCUGAAUUGAGACAAACCUAUUUCAAAUUGUGUAAAGAUGAUACACCCAUGGUCAGAAGAGCUGCCUGUACGAAUUUGGGUGAAUUUGCUGCCAAAGUAGAACGUGAAUUUUUAGUGAGUGAAAUGGUUCAAAUGUUUCUACAUUUACAUCAGGAUGAUCAAGAUUCGGUUCGGUUAUUGACGGUUGAAAAUUGUGUCGCAUUUUCCAAAUUACUGGCUCCGAAAGAAUCUCUCACACAUAUUCUACCAGUCAUUAAGAGUUGUUGUAAUGACAAGUCAUGGAGAGUGAGAUAUAUGGUUGCUGAUCAUUUCAAAUCAUUGUGCGAAGGAAUGGGUCAAGAAGUAUUACAAAGUGAACUCUUACAUGCCUAUGUCAAGUUGUGUACAGAUUCAGAAGCAGAAGUGAGAACAGCUGCAUCUCUCAAAGUUGCUGAUGUCUGUUCAUUGGUUCCAAAAGAUUUAAUUGUCUCAGAAGUAUUGCCCAAUAUCAAGAAUUUAGUUUCAGACAAAUCGGAACAUGUUCGAUCUGCAUUGGCUAGUGAAAUUAUGGGUUUGGCGCCAAUUUUAGGACGAGAGCCUACCAUUGAAUCCUUGUUACCACUCUUUUUACAAUUAUUGAAAGAUGAAUCUCCUGAAGUUCGUUUGAAUAUUAUUUCUAGAUUGGAAUCUGUCAAUGAUGUGAUUGGUGUUGAUUUAUUAGCACAAUCUCUAUUACCUGCAAUUGUUGAAUUGGCUGAGGAUAAACAAUGGAGAGUACGUGCAGCAAUUAUUGAACACAUUCCACUUUUAGCUGCACAAUUGGGUGUUAAAUUUUUCAAUGACAAGUUGAAUGAUUUGUGUAUGACAUGGUUAUCUGAUUCUGUCUAUUCCAUUCGUGAAGCUGCAACCAAUAAUUUAAAGAAAUUGACUGAAACUUUUGGAGCUGCAUGGGCAGUGGAACAUUUAUUACCAAAAAUAGUUGAAAUGUCAAAAGACUCUAAUUAUUUAUAUCGAAUGACUACAUUGUUUGCCAUUGGUGUUCUAUCCAAAGUGAUGCCUGAAGAGAGCAUUGCCACUCAUUUAUUAGACGUUGUUAUUGAAAUGUCAAAGGAUCCUGUUCCAAAUAUUCGUUUCAAUGUUGCCAAGACUUUGGGAGUGAUCAUUCCACGUGUCGAUUCAAAGAUUGUUCAAGAAAAGAUCAAACCAGUAUUGAGUGCAUUGCGUGAAGAUAGUGAUCCUGAUGUGGAAUUUUUUGCUGAAGAGGCCUUGUUGUCCUGUUAA